GCAUUAAAAAAAAUCGAAUGAGUUCGAUCACUCAGAUUGAGUCAGUGAGAUAGGAGUUGUAAUGUCUGUGCGUACGUCAUUAUGGGGCAGGUGUCCGCUGCUAUUUACCGCCCUACUUAUUCAAGUGCUCGCUGUGGGGGCGUAGUUCCACGCUUAUGGAUCGAGGGAACCCAACCAGUGAGUACCGGAGUGCCGGCCCGCGCGGACGCCUCGCACUCAGACCCUGCCAUCGGCGAAACGAGACAAAUAUACGUAAUCAUCGAGGAUAGAAAGAGACACUACAGCCAGCUCCCUUUUCAACAGGUCGUUAUUGUAACUUCCACUAAAUGGUCUCGUGACGAAGACGCCAUGUGUUACUUCAGUAUAAUAGUGAUAAUUUUCGAUUACGUGUUGUGAAGUGUAAGUGAGAGCCAACGACAUGCAUCGGCACAGCAACGUUCAGCUGCUACUCCUGUUCAUCCAUUUAUCUGGAAUUAUUUUAGUGGCUGGCAUGUCGGAGGUGUGGGUGGAGCUGCGCGCGCCCCGCUUCGUGGUACACCGGCACAGCGCUGUUCUGCGGUGUGACCACAACGUCGAUCCUGAGUCGCUUUACAAGGUGGUGUUUUUCAAGAACGGUCAACGAAUAAUGAAAUUCGUCCGAGGACGGGACCCUCCAUUUGAACUAUACAACGUCACUGGGGCAGAAAUUAAUCUUAUAAAGCUAUCUCCGACAUCUAUAACGCUGGAGCGUCUUGACUUCUCCGCGUCAGGCCCCUACGCCUGCGAGAUCGCUCUCGAAACCCCUUUAUACUCUAAAGUUUCGAAGAUACAUGAACUCAAUGUCAUUGUUCGUCAGAAAUUCCGUCCAAAGAUAAAAAUAAAGCACAAAAAGUUGUCUUCAAGCGACCACCUGGAGGCGACGUGCCAGAGCGCGCCGGCCCACCCCGCCCCCCACCUCACCUGGUUUAUUAAUAAUAACAAGGUCGACGAGAGCCUAACAGUACCAUACGGGACGCUGAAGGUCCAUCGCCACCAUCAUGGGAUGCCGCUGUCGAUGACCAACACGUCGCUCCACUUCCCUUUGACGACACUACAGCUGUACCCCAACCAGACUGUGGACAUCACUUGUCUGAGUACCAUCCCCAGCUACGCGAGUAUGGGAGAGGGAUUCGCUGAUGUACAGAACCAUACUGUCACAGUCAACGUGGUUCGCAUCGAACCAGUGCCAACUCAGCUGCCUGUCAAAAUUGUUAGUUCCAAACUGAAUUUAUCGGCUCGAUGUCAUGUAGAUCGUGUUUUGUUCGUUUUAGUCAUAUUUCUGUGCCAUAUUUACUUCUAAACUCGGAUAUGACGUUCAUUGUUAACAUAACAUCUGUCAAAUUUGUUCUCGUGUAAUGUUAGGUUGAGCAUAACAUUCGCAGUUACAUCGUCGGCGUAAUGCUUUGAAGUAAAUGUUUCAUAAAGGCUGAUCCAUAUUAUUACGGGCAGGUCGGGGCUAACAGCGGUUGUUUGAAAUGGCUUCAAUUCGCCACAGAUUGCGUUGCAUUAAAACCCGCCCAGGCAAUAAUGUGUGGGAGCCUUUAUAUCAUAUGCACAUCACCUCCUUAUAUAUGAUAUUCGGUGUGUCGUAUAGACGUUUUAUAAAUAUUACGAGCAAGUUACUAGUACGUAUUUACGAGCUUAGUAUGUGUAUGGUGAGUUAUCAAAGUUUUUUUAUUGUGAAAAAUGAAAUGUGUGGUGCUAAAAUGAGGAAUGAAUUGAAAAAACGAGAUAAAAAAACAUGCGAUCACAAGUACACACAAAAAGGCUAGUCAAAUUAAAAUCAGGCUGCAUAUGUGUACAUACUUCAUUUGGUUUUUUGAGAUAUAAUUCUUGCUUCGAAAUGUCCGUAUCAAUGACCAAAUACUCCUACCACAAAAGCAUUGUUGCCAGUAUUAAUUCGACACAAACCGCAGAAACUACAGACCGGGGUCCUAACCCUCGUUUGGUAUAAUACAAUUUGACAGGUGUUAUAUUAUUAGAGAACAUAUUUUAACUGUUGUAAUAUAAAAUAAGAAUUCUAAAAGAUUGUGUUGUCAAAAUAACAGCAUACUGUAUUUAGAAACCGAAUGAAAAGUUUAUUUCAGCGAAUUUAAAUAAGGUUCAUAAUAAAGUAACAUUAUUUCCAAACAAUAAACUUCGUAACCGCUCAAUUGGCGACUAUCGUUCAAACUCCUAAUCGUUAUUAAAAUCUGUUCGAAUAACUUUAAAUAACGCGAUUCCCUCGGCAAACAAAUAUUAAUUUAAUUAACGCCAGUUAUAAUCUUAUUAUGGACGUUUAGGCAAAUCCCUUCAAAAUAAAGGGCCAGGCAACGUUUAUAAUUUCGGUCGCCAAUAUCAAAAUUGCUUGUCUAAUGAAGAACACCAAGGAAGUUAUGGUAAAACUUCCGUCUUACGUCAAGCCAAUUUGGAAAACUUAAUUUCGUCGCGUUGAGCAAUGAUUCAACAUUUUCCGUGUAAUAUUUUAAUGCAGAAUACGUAUUUUAUGAAAAGCUGCAUGAACUGAAACAAUCUAUAAUAAAUUAUGCGUAAAACAUAACGGCCAGUUAUUGGCAAUUUAAAGCUAAAACAAAUUGCGCGCUGAAUAUGUCAUAACGGAUUUAACUCCAAACUUUAUUCCGACGUUAUUUUCGCAGAACGUGAUCAAAUGCAGGUGAUUUUGAAUAAUACAAGACCAAUAACCAAAUAUUUUUUGUACGAGACGGCAGAUAUUUGUACGCGGAUUUUACUUUUCGAAUUAUUUAUUGAUGAGCUUCUCAGCGCUUUAUAUCCUCUGUAUAUUUACCUUUUGACUUAUGUAUGCGCAAUUAUGAGACUGAAUUAGAAAGUUAGAGAUGUAAAUGACCCGAUUCGACACCCACCUCCGACGCUAGAACCCACGUAUGUCCAUUUUGUAAUAUAUAAAUGUAAUGGCGUAGCCAGAGACAGAAAGAUGUAUAAUUGCGUAAUUUAAAAUAUGUUGGCUUUUACAGUGUUAGGAAUGUUGUACCUACAUGUAAAAGUAAAUGUUUUUUUUCCUCUGAA